UUGUUAAUGCCCAAUAGCACAGUGGUCGCCCCUUGGACUGUUUUGAGAUUUCGAAUGACGUCUUACUAAAGUGGGUUUCGCUUAUCUCCUCACGCUGUCUCUCGCAAACCAGUCCGUUUCUCUCCUGUCCUGCCAUGUCACACACAACCGCGUUUCAUGGCAGCGCAAAGGAGGAUGUCCUCGACGCCCUCUACAACCAAUUCACUAUCGAUGAUCAGGGUCUCUUCAAGAUCACUCAAACAUUCCUCUCAGAAAUCUCUGAGGGUUUGUCCAGUUAUGGUCGUCCCAUGGCGAUGAUUCCGACCUUUGUUAAGGGCGUGCCAGACGGCUCCGAAACAGGAACGUUCCUCGCCCUCGAUCUUGGUGGAACGAAUCUUCGCGUUUGCGAGGUCACUCUACUAGGAGACAAGACCUUCUCCCUCCGGCAGCAAAAAUACAAAGUCUCCGAGGCGCUCAAGACUGGUGAGGUGACAACUCUUUUCGACUAUCUUGCCGACUCCGUGGACGCUUUCCUCACGGACACCCCCUCCCAAGGCCACGGCUCUCACGUAUCUCACGCUGACGAGGACAGUCCAUAUGUUCCCCUUGCCCUCACAUUCUCCUUCCCUGUGGAACAAUCUGCUCUCGAUUCUGGCGUUCUCCUCACUUGGACCAAAGGUUUCUCUGCAAAGAAUGCCGUAGGAAAGGACGUCGUAAAGCUUCUUCAAGACGCGUUUGACCGGAAACAUAUCCACGUCAAGUGUGUAGCCCUCGUCAACGACACUGUCGGAGCGCUUCUUUCGCGAGCGUAUACAUCUGGAGGAUGCAUCCUGGGCGCUAUUUUUGGGACAGGAACUAAUGGGGCAUAUGUCGAAGAUGUCUCCAAGAUCACGAAAUUAGGCGAGAGCCCUGCCGUCGCUGCAGGUGGUGAAAUGAUUGUGAACACCGAGUGGGGUGGUUUUAACAACUCCCGAUCUGCCUUGCCAACAACACCGUAUGACAACAAGCUGGACCGCGAAUCUAUUAACCCACGUUUCCAAGCCUUCGAGAAAUUCAUUUCGGGAAUGUAUCUGGGGGAAAUCGCCCGAAACGUGAUUCUUAGUUUGAUUGAUGCCGCUCCGAAACCCCUCCUUUUCGGAGGUCGGUCCUCGGCUCUACUGAAUAAGCAAUGGGGACUGGACAGCGCGGUUCUCAGCGAGAUCGAAGAGGCAUGGGAGGGUCCGCCAGAACAAGGUGCCCCACAGGCCCAAAAGGAGGAAAAGCUGUUGCGGAUACAAGGAGUACUGGUGCAGCGGCUAGAGAUAUCCCCACCUGAUAUUUCCCUUGAGGAUGCAGACGUUGUCAGGCAAGUGUGCAAUCUGAUAGCAUCGCGGGCUGCUCGUAUGAGCGCAACGGCCGUAGCAGCUAUACUAGUCCAUACUGGGCGUGCACGGCUGUGGGACCACGGUGAGCAAAGUUCUGACGGGCUGAAGGACGAAGGCAAAAGAAUCGGCGUCGGGGUAGAUGGAAGCUUGGUCGAAUUUUAUCCCAACUUCCAAACCAAGCUGCGAGCAUCGUUACGGGCGCUCGUUGGUCCCGAAGUGGAGAGCCGUGUCGACAUCGGCAUGGCUAAGGAUGGGAGCGGUGUUGGCGCCGCCCUCUGUGCGCUCGUUGCGCAGAGACAGAGUCAGGCCAACCACACAAACGGAGCAUAUGCGUACGAUCCCGAAACCAUGAAGGUGUCGGCGCCCACAGAAGUUGCGUACAUUUCCUCCUUGUCACGGUGAGAAGCAUGUGUGUGCAAUUAGAAGACAAACGAUAGGAUGUAUAAUGCUGGGCAGUAUUCAUUUAUGUAUCGAAUCGGUUAGACUGUUGCUGUUUUGCUAGACGCUUGUAUGUUUUCGAGUCUGUAACAUAUACGUACGUUCAAAUUAUCAAAUGAUUUCUUAUCUCUA